AUGGCAAACACGACUGAUGAUUUCGAUUUCGAUCUUUCACAACUCGAUGAUACAUUGAUCAGUGAGAAUCAAAAGCAGAAUUUGAUUGAUUAUAUCAAUCAACUGAAAACUCAAAAACGUUCGAUCAAUGAUGAGUUUGAUCAAUUCAAAUCGUCAACAGGUACGAUCAAACGACGACGUACAAAGCGACAACUCGUCUCAAAUUCUGUAUCAUUGCCCUUGAUAAAUCCUAAUCAAGCAAGUAAUUUGCAACCAAUGCUUGAAACAUUGAUUUACAUCGUGCACGAGAUUAAUCUUGAGCAAGUCAAGUUAACUACAACAAUCAAUCAAUUGAUCAAACGUAUCAAUCAAAAUGAAUUAUAUUUAAAUCAAUUGAAUGCCAAUAUUGAAACAUUGCACGAACAGUUUUAUACAAAACAAUAUUCCGAAUUGGAAUUAGAUCCCAUUGAAGUACCGAAAUCGUCAUCGUCAUUUAUUGAAGACAGUUGUCAACAACCGAUCGAUAUGAGCAUGACCGGAAAUUUUGCAUUAGAAAAUCCAGCUAAAACUAAUGGAAAAGCUACAUCGACUAAGGAAUAUAUUGAACUUGGUGAUCCAUCGACUGGCUUGUCACGUCUUGUUUUAAAACGAAAAUACGAUCAAGUCCGUCGUCGUACUGAACUCGCUUAUAUUCAUGGAGAAAAGCGUGCUAUCGGUCGAUUGCUAACAUUUCUAAUUCGACAAUUCUUUUCAAACGAAGAAUUACGUAAUGCUUCGUUGGAUGGUCGUGUGCGUAACACUCAAGCACUAGCUGAAGAUCGAAUGCGUAUCAUUGACAAGCAUUUACAUACUAUAUUUGGCAUCGAUUACAAUUUGUAUCGUAUAACAAAAGAUUGUGCUGAACAAGUUAAUGUCGUUUGUCGCCAUGCACGAAAUCCAAAGAAUUUCUAUGAUAAUCACAAGAAUACUAGUGGUAAAAUUGAAGUACAGACGGUGACGAUGAAUGAAACGGAUAUUGUGGAAGAUAACCAAUUAGAUGAAUAUGAAUCGUUUCAAGAAGAAUUGUUUAUUCAAGCAAAUGAGCAACGAUUUCAUGAACUAGCACGUGAAUAUGAUACUGUUCGUAGUGAAGUGGUCAAACAGCGAGAAAUCGAAAGUCAACUGCGUAACGAAAAUGAACAAAUACAGAAAAUAUCGGAUGAAUUUCAACGACAGUUAACAGCUGUACAAGAAAAUGGACAACAAUCUCAUGCGAAACUAGAAUCACUGUCUGAACAAGUUCGACAAUUGUCAACUGAACGAGAACAUCUGAGAAAUACAAUCAACGAAAAAGAAAAAGAUAUUUACGAAUUCCAAAAACAACGCGAAGCUUUAGAAGAAGAAAAUCGUCAAGUACAUAACACAAACAAUGCUACAAUUGAGCGUUUACAAGCACUGGAAACAACUACAUCCCAACUUCAAAGCUUGGAACUAUUGUGGAACAAAGAGCGUCAAUUGUAUACUGAACAAUUGCAAGCGUUAGAACAAUCGUUGAUAGAAAGCAAAAAAUUGGCUAUCGAUCAACAAACGCAAAUCAUGCAACUGACUGUACAAUUAGAAUCGACCGAAGGACAAUCGCAAGCACAAAAACGUUCAUUGGAUAUUGGUCUUGAUGAAAAGAAUGAAGCAAUACUGAAUCUUGAUCGACAAUUGCGAGAGAAAGCACAACGGAUCGAACAGCUUCAAACUGACCUCCAACGAACGAUACGUCAGAUGGAAAAUCAACAAAUUACAUCAAAUAAAACCAUACAGUCGCUUAAAACUCAGAUUGACGAAUUAGGAAAGAAGAACUCUGUUAUGAACGAAAAAUAUGAUGAACAAAGUCAAUUGUUAGUGAAAGUAACGUCUGAACGUGAUGUGAUCAAAGGGGAAAUGAAGACAUUGAAUGAAAUGUUCGAAAAGCAGUCAACGGAGAAUGGUAAGUGUUGCAAACAUCUUAGCCAUUAA